AAGUUGAGCGCUCUAGAUCGUUCCACGUAUACAAUAAUAUUCCUAAUAAUACUGGAUAAGACCAUUCUAGCUCGAACAACACUGCAACAACAACAACAAUGGAGGUUUGUAUGUCUCUAAAAUCACACUCGCUUCUUCCAUUCAACUCCAAAAACCUAAAACCACUCGAUGACUCAAUCAGACACUCGUUUUCUUCAUCAUCAUCAUCACAAACUCAACGAAAACAGCAGAAGAAGAGAUUAAUGGUGGUUGAAGCGAAAGGAAAACGAGGUGGAGGAGGAAUGCAAGCUCGUCAGUUUCAACGACCCAUGCCUGCUAUGCCCAAGAUUGAAGAUGAUGGAAACCCUAGAUUCGUCAUUUUUAUUCGUAUGGCUAAUGUUUAUCUGUGGUAUCCUGUUAGUAUUGUAGCAGGUGGCACAACAGCAAAAAUCAUGGUCUCAGCCAAAGAUAAUUUUCUUGGGAAAUAUAUAUACAAGGACACUCUAGCCAGAAAUCUUGCAGCAGUUAUUUACAAAGACGAGAAGGCGGUUCAAAAGACGGCAAUUCGACAACAUCGCGUGUUGCGAAAUGCUACAGAAUUUCGAUAUGGCUACAAAAUUGUGGAAGGUACCAACAUAAGAGCGGCACUUGCAAGCAACGAUGUAGUCGAGCUCCCAACCCAAGCCGAGCUGAAAACAGUGCUUGAUAAAGUUGUUGAUUUCUUCGGUGAUGCCAAAGAGUCGUUUGGGAAAUUGACUGAUCUAAAGUCAACAUCCGACACUGAGUCUGAGUCGACGGAAAACGCCAGUGAUAAACCCAAGGUCAAAAGCUGAAUGACAAGGAGAAAGAAGGAUAUGUGGAUUCACUGUACCUUGUUACAAACAAAAUACAGAAGCGGGUUUCGCACCCGAAAUUUUUCUGAAUAUUUUUGCUUUAAAUCUGUGUUCAAUAGACCAACACUUGCUAUUUAUUGUCAAUAGUACAUAAUCGCUGUUAAUCGUUAUGCCUUCUUUAAACGUUGAA